UUUUGGAGUGAGAAGGACUGAGGAGGAGGAAAGCCAGGGCGUAUCAGAGAAGGAGGAGAAUGAGAGACUGCAUGGCAUACUGCUGCACAUGAGGAACAAUCAGAUCUACCCCCAGCAGGGCCUCGCCACCGCCAUCAAGGAGUGGUUUGAGAGUCUUAAAGGACAGAACUGGACAGGACGGUGGACCAACACUACUACAAAAGGAGUGUGCCGGUGCUGUGGGUCUGAGUUAGAGUCCAUCCAGCUGACUGCAGAGGAGUACCAGCAGCUGAAAGACAGAGUUAUGGCCGACAUCAUCCAGGGUGAAGAUGUUUUCAACAAGACCACGCCGGAGGAGUUGGAGCGGUUCAGGACCUUUGUAAAGAAGAAGCCAGCGUUUGAUGUGGUUGUGGAUGGGCUGAAUGUAGCAAAUGUCAACAAAGACAGAAGCAAGCAGUCAGAGACGUUGUUGGAGGUGGUGUCGGAGCUGGAGCGUCGCCUGACUAUCCUGGUGCUGGGGAGGAAGCACAUGCUGCGACCUUCCAGAUCCUGGGACAAACGCAACAUGCAGCUCAUCCAGCAGAAAGCACACUGCUUCUUCACUGACAAUAUUUCGGAGGAUGACCCCUUCCUGCUGUACGCCACACUGCACUCAGGGAACCACUGCCGCUUUGUGAGCAGGGACCUGAUGAGAGACCACAAGGCCUGCCUGCCAGACGGGAGCACCCGCCGGCUUUUCUUCAAAUGGCAGAGGGGACAUCAGCUCGUGGUGGACGGAUACGUGGCUGCAGGCAGGAAGGUUCGAUUUCAGAGCAUUCUCAGCUAUGACACCAUCAUCCAGACUUCAGGGGACUCGUGGCACAUCCCCUACGACGACACAGAGGACCGCAGCACCUACGAAGUGCCACAACGAUGGCUGUGUGUCAGUCAGAAGAAGUGACGACAAACACUUUUACCUGUUGUUUUCAUGGAGUGAGUUCGAUAUUAAUGUGGACUGUAAAUAAAAAAGGAAUUCAACAU